GAAAUUGACUUCCUUUAUAUGGUUUGAAGAAGACGACAAUCGUUUUGUUGCGCCUUUGUGGCAGCGAAGAUUAGUCAUGGACCGGCAGACCUGGAUGCUUGUUAUGGUGGUUGCUUUUUUAGUUAAUGGAUGUGAUGCUUUAACCAAAGCGCAAAUGAAAAAAUCUGCAGCAGCGUUCAAAAAGAAGUGUAUGGCCAAAGAAAAUGUCUCCGAAGAUAUGGUCGGAGACAUAGAAAAAGGAAAGUUUAUUGAAGAAAAAGGAGUCAUGUGCUAUAUUGCGUGCAUUUAUCAAAUGGCUAAUGUCGUUAAAAAUAACAAACUAAGCUAUGAAGCAUCCAUAAAACAGAUCGAUAUAAUGUAUCCAGCAGAGAUGAAGGAACCUGCCAAAAAGUCGGUGGAAGCGUGUAAGGACGUAUCGAAGAAAUAUAAGGAUUUGUGCGAGGCCUCCUUCUGGACUGCAAAGUGUAUUUACGAGGAUGAUCCUAAAAACUUUUUUUUCGCUUAGAACGUGUGUCAAUAAAAACUUGAACAUAAUA